AUGUUGGCGACGGCUGGGGUGCGUAAUAUACCACCACAUACAAGAUUAUUAGCCGAUAAAAGCUUUGUCAAUGGUGAUCUAUUGCUUACGCCCGUUCGACGAAAUGAACUAAGACAUUUCCCGGCUGUUUAUAAGGACAUUUUCAAUUAUUAUCUUUUAAGUAAACGGUUUUUUGUGGAACAUCUCACUAAGGAAAUGAAAAUUUUUGAAGCAGUACACGGUGUCUAUCGCCAUGAAAAAAUGUUAUGGUAUGGCGUUAGCCUGUGUGCUACUUAUCUAGCAAAUGUACGCGCCGAUAUGUUCCUCAGUACAUGA